AUCGACCUUGACUAGGUUCUUCUGACAGAGCAGGUCUACAUCAAUAAGAUAUCAAUUUUAUCUCUCUACCGUCAUCGAUUAUUCACUUAUUCCAUGGCGGAUCAAGUUGAUCCACCAGGCGAGAUUAUGGCGCCCAAGAUUCGACCUGGCGAUAUUGGCUCCAGCAUCAAGAGAGAGUUUGUGGAAGUUGACGGCUGGAAAUGGUCAUAUCUCGAUGCCCCCGCCAAAGGUCAACAAAAGGCCGUCGCAGUACUGAUUCACGGAUUUCCCGAUCAAUCUCUCGCAUGGCGAUACCAGUUUCCGCUGUUGACUUCUCUGGGCAUUAGAACCAUUGCUCUAGACUGCAUGGGUUAUGGCGAGACGGGAGCUUCUACCGACUUGAAAAAGUAUGGCUUCAAAGCUCACGCCGACACCGUCGCUGCCAUUGCGAAGAAAAUUGGCACGCAUCAGAUCAUUAUUGGAGGUCACGAUUGGGGUGGAGCAGUAGUCUAUCGCGUGGCGCAGUGGUAUCCUCAACUCGUCUCGCACAUUUUCAGCGUCUGCACAUCCUAUGCUCCGCCCACAAAGGACUUCAUCAGCACCAAAACUCUCAGCGAGACGACUCUUCCGCAAUUCGGCUAUCAACUCCAGCUCGGCUCCGAGGAUGGUCAGAUCGAACACGUCGUCCAUGAUGAGCGAUCGAUUCGACAAUUCCUCCGGGGAAUGUAUGGAGGCAAACCGACGCGCGGCAGAAAAUUUAUGACGCCCGAGAAAGGGAUCGAGUUGGAUAUAUUGAUUGGGAACGAGAAAGACGCCAUUGCCGCCUCGCCUCUCUUCAAUGAGGAAGAAUUCGAGUAUUACGUGCAACAGUUUCAGAAGAAUGGGAUUCGCGGUCCGUGCAAUUGGUAUCGGACUCGCAGGAUCAAUUAUGAGGAUGAUUUGCGGCUGCCGCAGGAGACGAGGAAGUGUAUUACGCAGCCCACGUUGUAUAUUCUUGCUACGAGAGAUAGUAUUUUGACGAGGGCCAUGUCGAGCAAUAUGGAGAGGGCUGUGCCGAAUUUGACGAGAGGAGAAGUCCCGGCGACGCAUUGGGCGCUGUGGCAUACUCCUGAUGAGACGAAUCGGAUUCUGAAGGAGUGGUUGGAAGCGGUGGUGUUGGGUGGGCGGAGUAAGUUGUGAUUUUGGUGGUUGUGGGUGUGGUAUUUGUAUUGUUU